UGACCGUCCGUCAAAUGCAUUCGAGGUUCGCCAGGUUCGCCGAGUCAUUUCAGAGGUACUAAGUGGGUACUAAUCCACUGAUCGUCGUACCGUCAAGUUGAUUUUGACAUCUCACGAUGCCUGAAGAACUCCGUUUUGACGGUCGUGUAGUUAUAGUCACCGGUGCCGGUGCAGGUCUGGGAAGGGCUUAUGCUCUUUUAUUUGGAUCAAGAGGUGCCAGUGUUGUUGUUAACGAUCUAGGAGGUGGACGACACGGAGAUGGAAGUAGCAGCAGCGUCGCAGAUUCUGUUGUCAAAGAAAUCCGACAAAAUGGUGGAAAAGCUGUCGCCAAUUACGACUCUGUUGUUGAAGGCCAUAAAAUUGUGGAUACGGCAAUUAAAACUUUUGGGCGUAUUGAUAUUAUUGUCAACAAUGCUGGUAUUUUGCGUGACAAAUCGUUUGCUAAAAUAACGGACCAAGAUUGGGACCUAAUCCACAAUGUUCAUGUCAAAGGAGCAUUCAAAACAACUCAAGCUGCUUGGCCGUAUUUCAAAAAACAAAAGUAUGGCCGAGUUAUCGUAACGUCCAGCAAUAGUGGACUUUACGGAAAUUUUGGUCAAGCUAAUUACAGUGCUGCCAAAAUGGGGCUGGUAGGAUUAGCAAAUACUUUGGCUAUCGAAGGGAACACUUCUAACAUCUACACCAAUGUAAUUGUGCCAACAGCCGCUUCUCGGCUCACGGAAGAUAUUCUUCCACCAGAUUUUUUUAAGGAAUUAAAACCUGAGCUGAUCGCACCUGUUGUUGCAUGGCUCUGUCAUGAGGAUUGUUCUGAAAAUGGAUCUAUUAUUGAAGCAGCUGUUGGUUGGGCUGGAAAGUGUCAUUUAAUUCGCUCUGCUGGUUGCACUUUGAGAAAAAAAAUGACGGAAGCCGUUACUCCAGAAGAUGCCAGAGACAAUUGGGCAGCUGUUACUGACAUGAGUAAAGCGAAACGUUGUGAAUCCAUACAAGAAGCCUCAAUGGAAGUAUUUAACGUAUUAAAAGAGCUACCAGAAAGUUCGUCCCAAGAGAAAUCUAAUGUAGUCCUGAAACACACCUAUGAUUUUCGAAACAUCAUUCUUUAUGCUAUUGGAGUCGGUGCUACAACAGAAUGCUCAUCAGAUAUGCUUUAUUUGUACGAGAAUCACAGUAAAUUCGCUAUUCUACCGAUUUACUUUGUUAUCUUUGGACCCAAUGCGAUCAUUUCUUCAUCGAUACUUGACGAUGUACCAUAUGGAAUACAAAUAGAUCCUUCCAGGGCACUGCAUGGGGAACAGUAUCUCGAAAUUCUGAAACCUAUACCGACAGAAGCGAGUGUUGAAACGCACUUUAAGAUUAUUGAUGUUCUUGAUAAAGGAUCGGGAGCUGUUAUAAUAAUGCAAGCCGAUACCAUAGACGUUUCGACUGGCGAAAAAUUGGCCACUGCGCAACUCUCUGCCUUUGCUAUCGGUGCCGGUGGUUUUGGAGGAAAGAGAAGUUGUCCCGGUAUCAUUCCAACCGAACCUGCCCCCAACAGGAAACCAGAUAUUUCAAAAAUCCAAAAAACUACUGUUGAUCAAGCGGCUGUGUAUCGAUUAAGCGGGGACUUCAACCCUCUCCAUAUAGAUUCGUCGGUGUCAUCUCUUGGUGGGUUUGAAAAACCGAUUUUACACGGUUUGUGUUCUCUUGGAUUCUCCACACGUCAUGUUCUGGAUACCUACGCUCACGAAAGUCCGGAUUUAUUCAAAGCAAUUAAGGCUCGAUUUUCUAACCCAGUCAUUCCCGGGCAAACGUUGCGCACCGACAUGUGGAGGAAUGGUAAUCGAAUACAUUUCGAAACAACGGUUUUGGAAAACAACAAGAAAGUUAUUACAGGAGCUUACAUUGAUCUUAAAGCUGUAAAAAUGCAGCCAAUUCAACCCGCUGUAUGUUCAGCUGAAGAGAAUUUAGAAUCUGAUGCAGUUUUUGCAGCUAUUGCUGAUCACGUCAAAGCGCAUCCAGAUGAAGUAAAAAAAAUAAACGGUAUAUUCGUAUACAAUAUCACAAGUUCUGGGAAAAAUAAGGCGCAAUGGACUCUUGAUUUAAAGAAAGCCGAAGUAUAUAAAGGAGAACCGAAAUCUGGAAAGUCUGAUACUACUUUAACCAUUGAAGACAAAGAUAUGGUUCAAAUUGCACUUGGUAAAUUGAACCCUCAAGUGGCUUUCAUGCGUGGUAAAUUGAAGAUUAAGGGAAACAUCAUGUUAACUCAAAAGUUGAAGACACUGCUCGACGCUAACAGAGCUAAGCUAUAGUUUUCCAUCCAAUUUUAAUAUCACAAUUGCAUCGUUACAUCAUUUUAGACGAUUUUUUUUCUACCAAGUACUUCAAUUUAAUCUUUCCCACUAGUUAUUUAGUGUAUAGUGUCUAGACCUUUUCAAUAUUUUAGCAAGCUCAGAAUUGGUCUGAACAUGUUGGAAGACCUUGGCAUUUCACAAUAGUGAAAACUAUAGAAAUCGUUGGUAUCUUGAAACGAUUUGCAUUUAUAAUUCUACGGUUCAUUAUUUAUGGGUUAAAUAUUGUUAUUCCUUCUUACUAAUUCCUGUUGUCAACUAAUAGAAUUUAUCGAAAUAGUACCGAAUA